CGGACUGUCUCUAGCAGCAGAAUGAGGACGUCGGUGAUGAUGCAAAGGCCAAGCGCAAGUGUCAGAUGGUGAGUCUGUGCGCUUGCUUCAACUUGUCCAAAUGCUCUUACUCGCACAGGCGCAAAGCCGGUGAUCGCUCCUAUCUGAUCUGAACGCACGCUCUUCUCUUCCUCUCUUCUCUCCUGUUCAGUCUGCACCAAAGCUCUGCGCUACAAGCAGGAACAUGGUCCGACACGAAGCGCACAUGGGCCAAGCGCACGAAUGCAGUGUUUAGACAACUGGGCAUCGAUAGACCGUACAGUGAGGAUGAGCUGGAGGACAUGCAAAAGCCCGAAGGAGUGGUGCCAUCCGUCUCUAUGAAGCUUUUGAAAUCGCAAGCUCGCAAAGCGCGCAAGAGGUAUUACAAGCCCAUCAACUACAUCGAUUCGCAAGGCAUCGUUCAGCGCAAGGAGACGCAGCACAAGUACUCUACCGCUGCAUUCAAAAUUUCAAAUCGCAAGCUGAAAAUGUUGGCGGAUCAGAUCGGCAGCGGAAAACCUUUGGAUUUUGCCAUUUUGCAAAUGCAGUUCAGCAAAAAGCGAGCUGCGAAGCGCAUCAAGUCCACCCUCGCGUUGGCAAAGGAUCACGCCAUCGCCAAAGGUCUGGAUGGCAAAAAGUUGGUCGUGGCAGAGGCUUGGGUGAACAAGCACAGGACGCUCAAGAGGUUGGAGAUCAAGGGCAGAGGUAGAGCGGGCGUCAGGAAACACAAGUACUGCAGGCUUCACAUCAUCCUCAGGGAAGGCCUGCUUCAAUCUGAAAAGGAUGAAAAGAAGCUCAAGGAAGUCAGAAGGCAGGCCUACAGCAUUGGAACGGGCGGCGUGUCGCCCACCAAUGCACCCUUGCGAAACCAGUGGAAAUCUCCAGGCUGGCAAUGGUGACAGUUGGGACGAAGCUUGGAAGAGUUGAGCCAACAAUGCAUGUAUACGAGAGGAAUGGAAUGGUGCUAAAUGCAAGAGUAUUGCUGAGCUUGUGGUAGUGUCUGAAGGAGAAGCAAAAGGUGCAAGAGAUUACCUCGAGGUGCAAUGACGUCCUCGCACGUGUUGCACGGACUUGCAGAGUCACGCGCAAAAGACCUCCAAAGACCUCUCAACAAUCAUGCUCUAUAUGCCGUCAUCG